AACCCCCUCACCUGUCUUCCAAACGAGGCAAAAUGUCUUCUUUCACUCGCCUUCUCUACCGGAGUUUCUGUACUUCACCUGCCACCACUAGCCCAUCUUCAACUUCUCUCAACACCCUCCUUCAAGGCGUCGUCAAGGAACGGAGCUUCAAAAAACUCGUCGAGAAGUUCAAAAAAUCCUCCGAAACCUACCGAUUCCGCUGCAGGCCCCGCGUCUACGAGAUCACUGUUCGUCGACUCGCCGAUGCGAAAAAGUUCCAGUAUAUCGAAGAGAUCCUCGAAGAACAGAAGAAGUACAGUGACAUUUCUAAAGAAGGCUUCGCUGUUCGUAUCAUCUCUCUGUAUGGGAAAUCGGGUAUGUUUGAUCAUGCCUCCAAGACGUUCGACCAAUUGCCUGAACUAAAAUGCCCACGAACAGUGAUGGCUUUCAAUGCCCUUCUCACUGCUUCCAUCGAUUGCAAGAACUUCGAUGAGGCCGAUCGGAUUUUUCGUGAGCUCCAGCCGAGCUUAUCUAUUAGCCCAAAUAAUUUCACUUACAAUAUCAUGAUCCGUGCUUUCUGUGAGAUGGGUCGGUUCGAUUCUGCACUUAGAAUGCUAGAUGAGAUGGAGAAGAAUGGGGUGGAGCCGAAUAUGAUUACUUUUAAUACGCUUUUGAAAGCGUUAUAUGAAGGUGAUAGGUUCUCUGACGGGGAAAAGAUCUGGGCGAAAAUGGAGAACACCACUUGCGUUCCGGAUAAUAAAAGUUUUAAUGCGAAGUUGGAGGGACUGAUUCGCGGGGGAAAGACGUUGGAGGCGGUUGAGCUAGUUAAGGAAUUAAGGUCCAGGGGAUUGAAACCUGAUAUGUAUAGUUUUAAUUCUUUGAUUAAAGGGUUUUGCAACGAGGGGGAUUUAGAGGAAGCUAUGAGAAUUUAUGAUGAUUUAGCCAAUAAUGACUGCACCCCAAAUCGAACGACUAUUCAGACGAUCGUACCUUUCCUUUGCAAGAAGGGGGACUUCGAUCUGGCUUUUAGCCUUUGCAAGGAUAGUCUCAGCCGUCAUUGCUUGCUGGAUGCAGGGGUCUUGCAAGCUGUAGUGGAUGGAUUGGUGAAGGAGUCAAAGCUUGAUGAAGCGAAAGAGCUUGUGAAUCUUGGGAGGGAAAAAAGAUACAGCCGCUCUUUCUUGAAACUACCUACUGGUGCAGAAGAUGCUGCAGAAGAUGCAAAAUGAUAACUUCUCAUUGGUUUAUGUCUGAUUUUUGACUAAAUGUGGCAUUGAUGGCAAUGCUGCAACUUGCAUAGGUCUCUUACCCGAGGGUGCGAUCAACUCCACUGUCAUUGUAAAUUUUGAUUACUAGACCCAUCAACUAUUUUGUGUU